CCCGCCCGUCACGCCGCCCAUCCGUGCGUUUUCCUUCCUUCGUCUCUUGCUCGCCUGCUCGCGAGGCUUUGCGUCACCCGCCGAUCGAGUUCUCCAGGCUCCGGGGUCCAGUCCAGAGGCCGAGGCGAUCGGCGCGCAGCCUUGCGCAGGUGAUUCUCCUCUCCCUCGGCUUGCUCGGUCUCGGAUUCUCGCUCAACCCCCCUGCUCGAUCGUAGUGGUUCUCCUCCGGCGGAUCGCCGCCUCACCAGUUACAGAGUACUAGAGAAUGGCCGACGAGGAUAUUCAGCCUAUUGUGUGUGACAAUGGCACUGGAAUGGUCAAGGCAGGUUUUGCCGGUGACGAUGCACCAAGAGCUGUCUUCCCUAGCAUUGUGGGAAGGCCACGCCAUACCGGCGUCAUGGUUGGCAUGGGUCAGAAGGAUGCCUAUGUGGGCGAUGAAGCUCAGGCGAAGAGAGGUAUCCUGACACUGAAGUACCCAAUUGAGCACGGCAUCGUUAACAACUGGGAUGACAUGGAGAAGAUCUGGCAUCACACCUUCUACAACGAGCUCCGUGUUGCGCCUGAAGACCACCCUGUACUGCUGACCGAGGCCCCUCUCAACCCUAAGGCCAACAGAGAGAAGAUGACCCAGAUCAUGUUUGAGACCUUUGAAUGUCCGGCAAUGUAUGUUGCAAUUCAGGCCGUUCUUUCCUUGUACGCUAGUGGGCGAACAACAGGUAUUGUGCUGGACUCUGGUGACGGUGUGAGCCACACUGUUCCGAUCUAUGAAGGAUACACACUUCCUCAUGCUAUUCUCCGUUUGGACCUUGCUGGCCGUGACCUUACUGAUCACCUAAUGAAGAUCCUCACAGAGAGAGGGUACUCCCUCACGACAAGUGCAGAGCGUGAAAUUGUCAGGGACAUCAAAGAGAAGCUUGCUUACGUUGCCCUUGACUACGAGCAGGAGCUGGAAACUGCCCGGAGCAGUUCCUCUGUUGAGAAGAGCUACGAAAUGCCUGAUGGCCAGGUUAUCACCAUUGGGUCAGAAAGGUUCAGGUGCCCUGAGGUGCUCUUCCAGCCAUCUCUCGUUGGCAUGGAGUCUCCUGGCAUACAUGAAGCUACAUACAACUCCAUCAUGAAGUGCGAUGUCGAUAUCAGGAAGGAUUUGUAUGGUAAUGUUGUGCUCAGUGGAGGAUCUACCAUGUUCCCUGGGAUCGCUGAUCGUAUGAGCAAAGAGAUCACGUCCCUGGCUCCUAGCAGCAUGAAGAUUAAAGUGAUUGCGCCACCUGAAAGAAAAUACAGUGUCUGGAUUGGUGGCUCUAUACUGGCCUCUCUCAGCACUUUUCAGCAGAUGUGGAUCUCCAAGGCAGAGUAUGACGAAACUGGUCCGGGCAUUGUCCACAUGAAGUGCUUCUAAAGUGUGGAGAAGCUUGACAUGGCUCUUCCAAGAAGGUUGCUGCCUUGUCAGCCCGUUGCCCUGAAGCAAUACAGAAGGGGCAGACGCAGAGUAUAAAGUGGACAGAAAUAAACAGUAGCUGUGUACCCUAGGUCGUUGAAGUGAAUUAAAAUCUACACAUAUUAGUCCGUGGUGCUCCGUGUCGUAUUGAAUGGAUUGUUCAUAUAUAUUUGGUUUGCUGUUUCGUACCUAGUUUGCGUUUUGGUUCCAGCUGAUGUCUAUGCGAGUCUGAGAUAAUAAUACAGUAUCUGCAUAUUUUUUUCCCAGAAAAUCAUGUGAUUUCUUUU